AUGAUAGCUAGGCCAACACCUGUCACCGCUACAGACUUGAGUGUUGUAGGGACUACAACAAAUCCACAAAAUUUGCCACACAAUAUUGUCGGUACUUCUGUUGAUUUAGAGGAUUCUCUACAACAAACCAACCAAUCGCCACAACAAAAGACUAGCCGAACAUUUUUUAGACCUCCGGGAUUGGGGCCGGACAGUGGGGGAGAAUGUCCAGAAGAUGUUAAAGUGUGCCCCCAUUGCGGGUUUAGUUGCGGUUCUCAAUUCCACUACAAUUCGCAUAUGAAUACACAUACAAUCCAACAAUGUGUUAUUUGUGAUUUCCAAUCGAGAACACAAGGGAGACUUAAAAAACAUAUACAACAAAAUCACACAGCAGAGGAAAGAUUAGCUGCUGGAAUAUCAAAUACACCAACAACAACAAAAAAUAAUAAUAAUUCAAAUUCAAAUAUUCCUCCAACUCCCCCAACACCAACACAAACAUCUAGUAAUAAUUCACCUCCAAUGAAUAGUGAAAAAGUUGGAAACAAUGAAGUUUCAAAUAGUAAAACAUUAAUGGAAACAAAUAAAUUAGAAACAUUACAAUCAAUACUUAAUAACAACAACAAUUCUUCAACACAACAACAACAACAAUUUUCAAAUUCCACAGAUGCUCUAUUAAAAAUCUGCACAGAAGCUAUUUCAAAUAAUGGACCAAAUGAAAAAUCUUUUAAUUCUCCACAAAUUGGAGAUUUGGGCCCGACUGCCUUUGACCAAUUUAGAGCUUUGGCAGAAAGACAAGCAGCUAAUUUAUUGGCUACAUCUACUGCUAAUUCACUUGGAUUUGUUGUUGGGGAUGUUGUGGAUCAAGAAAUGGAUGACGGAGGUGGAAUAUCACUAGAAGAAUAUCAUCACCAAAAUAAUAAUAAUAAUGGAAUAUCCUCAAAACAACCAGAAACUUCUUCUAGAAGAGCAGGAAAACCAAAGCAAUAUAAAUGUAAACAAUGUCCACAUUUAAGUCAUUCAAAAAAAGAACAAUGGGCACAUGCACGUUUACACAUUCCUAAACAAAAACAAUUAUGUUGUGAUAUUUGUGAUUUUGUUACUGAAUAUAAGCAUCAUCUUGAAUAUCAUUAUAGAAAUCAUAAUGGACAAAAGCCUUUUAAAUGCUCUACUUGUGCUUAUACUUGUGUAAACAAAUCAAUGCUCAAUUCACAUAUGAAGUCUCAUACUCCUAAUUUUCAACAUAAGUGCCGAGACUGUACUUAUCAAACCAAAUAUGGUCACAGCCUUAAAAUGCAUUUGAGGAAAUAUAACCACAAAUGUGUGCCUGGGUCUGGUGGAGAAUUUUUUGACAGUAGUGACAGUCAUGGAGAAGGUGCUGUUACACCAGUGAUUGGAGAUCGCCCAGAAAAUGCUUCAAGUUCUUCAGCUAGCAAAGAAGAGUCCUUUGAAAUUGCAAGUCAUGCAAAUUAUCUGGCUAAAGCUGAUGACUUGACAUUAUUAAAAUCUCCUUCAACCCCAAAUAAUGAUUUGGUUGUACAGCCUUUAGUUAAUAAUAAUCAAGAAUUAGACUUGGCUUCUCAACACCAUUUUAUUUUACAACAACAGAUAGAACAAAUGCAUGAAUUAAUUUGUAAUGCAGUAGUUAAUUGCCCUCAUUGCAAUUUUAGUACAGGAAAUAUUGAUGAAAUGAAUCAACAUUUAUUUUUACAUUUAAUAGCUACACAUCAACAACUGCCUUCUCAACAAAUUGGAAAUGAACAGGAAGCACUUGCUUCUAUUUAUCAUAGACUUACUACCCAACUUCAUCAAGAAUUAGCCCCUCCUCCAUCAGAUACUCCAUCUUCUACUCUUCUUAGCCAAGAAUUGCCAGCCGCCGCUGCUGCCUUACAAAUAUGCCCAAAUGAAGAAGAAAACAAAAAUAAUAUUUUGGAAGAAAAGGAAGAAGAAGGAAGGGAAAAUGAAGAAGAGGAAAAUCAAAGCAAACAAUUAAAUAACAACAAACAAACAACAAAUAUGGAUAGUUCUUCUGUAAAGACUCCACCUUGUAAUAAUAAUGAAUUGUUUGAAUGUGGGGAGGAGGAGGGGGAUGUUUUGACAAACCAACAAAAUUCUGAAGAAGGAAUAAUUACUCCUAUUGCCAAACCAAUUCCCUCCUCAUUAUUUUCCCCUUCUACAACAACCACAACUUUUUCUCUUCAUCAAAAUGAUAUUUUAUCUAAUUUGGGUGCUUCUUUAACCCCAACAAGUGUUCUUAAUGAUGGACAAAAAUUGUUAUUAAAUUGUGUUGAAUCUAAAUCUAAUAAUAACGACAACAAUUCUUCUUUACCUUUUUAUUGCCAACAAUGUGACAUUGCCUUUAGAGACGCAGUUCUCUACCAAUUACAUUGUGGUUAUCAUUCCAUCGAAAACCCUUUUAAAUGUAAUCGUUGUGGACAGACCUCAAAUACUGCUCUAGAAUUUAAUUUGCACCUUUAUCAGGCAAAACAUGAGUAA